UUGAAAAGUCUUUCACUUCAGUUUAGUUGUAUAUACUGUUGUCCAUCAUGUAGAUUUGUACUGGUUUUAUUUUUCUGCCAAGACUUAAAGUGUUUGUUUGGAUAAGAACGUAGAAGCCAGGACUGGACGAGAAAAAUGGAUCAAGGCUGCAGGAUGCCAGCACAGUCAGACAGUUGAUUGAAGAGGCAGCAGCAUUGCAGCAAAACAGCAAUGUCACAAAAAAGGACAUAUCCCUCUGGUGCAGAGAAAAGGAAAAAGAAGAAAACUGAGAAAGAGAAAAAACAGCAAGAUAAAGGAGCACUGUUGAAAUAUUUUGGAGGUGGGGCACAACCAACGCCACCUGUCCCAAAUGCCAGUGCUACAGCUGAUGAUGAUACAGCAGGUCCAUCCUCUGCAGGCGAGGAGCACUUACCAGCACCUGCAUCCACUGAUCCUAUCGUUCCUUCCAUGUCUGUUUCAACCUCAGCGGAUGUGGCAGAGCUAAGAGUGGUUGUUCUGGGUUUCAAGUCCUUUGAAAAAGCCACAGUGAUAAACAGUAUUUUAGGAGAUCGAGUGGAGUCUGACAAAUACUUCGUGAAGUCUGUGAGGAGAGACGGUGAAGUGAAUGGUAGAAAGAUCACUCUGAUUAACACACCCUGUUGGUGGAAGAUAUUUGGCUUGAGUGACUCACCAGAAGUUGUCAAACAGGAACUGGUGUGCAGUGUCUUCAAGUGUCCACCAGGACCUCAUGUUUUUCUGCUGGUUAUUGAUCUCAGUUUGCCUUUUACUCGAGAACACAGAAUCAGCAUUGAGGAACAUCUUAAUCUCUUUGGAGAGAGAAUCUGGUCACACAUCAUAGUGCUCUUUACACGAACAGUUUCACUGAACGACAAAUCCAUUGAGCAACACAUACAGAGUCAAGGAGAAGAUCUGCAACAGAUCAUACAGAGAUGUGGAGGCAGAUUCCUUGUUUUUUGUAAUGAAAAUAAAAACAAAGGAGCUCAAGUUAAAGAACUGCUUGUCAAGAUUGAUGGUGUUGUGGCAGCAAACGAUGGCAAACACUUUGAAACUGGUGAUGAAAAACUUCUUGAGGUGCAGAAAAAGAGAGAAGACAUCCAAGAGAGAGCAAAAGCUAGACGAUUAAAGGUUCAAAAGGAAACAGAACUGCUGACAGAAAACGGAGAUGUGUUAUCACUCCAGUCACUGAGAGUUGUACUGGUGGGUUGGAUCCUUUCUGGAAAAAGUUUAGCAGGAAACACCAUCUUGAACCAGGACAUAUUUAAAGCAGAAAAAACAAAAAAGUAUGUACAAGGUUCUGGUGAAGUGAAUGGAAGGAAGAUAACAGUGACAGACACGCCAGGCUGGUGGAAGUAUGUUUCAACUCAAUUCAAUCCAGAGUUUGUGAGGACCUCAAUUCUAGAGAGUAUUUCAGAAAGUGGGAAAUCUCCACAUGCUGUACUCUUACUGAUUCCUGCAGAUGCUUCAUUUCAGCAAGAACAAAAGAGAAUCAUUGAAGAAAAUAUGACUACUCUCGGAGAGGACGUCUGGAGACACACCAUAGUUUUGUUCACUUGGGCUGACAGAUAUCCAGACAUCUCAAUCGAGGAGCACAUUGAGAGUGAAGGUGAUGCCCUCCAGUGGCUGAUUGAGAAAUGUGGGAACAGAUAUCACGUCUUUGACAACACGGACAUAAAGAAUCGAGAUCAAGUCACAGAGCUGCUCCAGAAGAUUGAUCAGAUGGUGGCAGGAAACUGUUUGUUUCGUCUCGACACUAAGUGUGAUGCAGAAAUGAAUCUUCAUAAGACUGACACACAACAAGAUCUGGAUUUAGAGGAGGAAAUAAGUCUGGAUCCACAGCAUGUGCUGAAAAUACUAAGUGAUGAGCUGAACAACAGGUUAAAGGCAAUAACAAAUAUGGCAAAAGAAAUACAAAAAGACUUCACAGAACAUAAUGACUCUUCAAGUUUGUCAAAACCUCCAAAUUUUAAAGAAGAAUCAAAUAAACCUUCUGAAACACCGAUCAGCAAACACCAACAGCAGAUCCAACAACAGCCUGUUGAUGAAAAACUCACAGAUCAGAUUAAGAGGGAAGGAAGGAGAUGGGAAACAAUUAUAAUGGAAGGACUCUUGAAUAUUUUGCAGAAUUCUAAAGCAUCACGUGAUGAAAAUGUGAUUCAAAUACCAGGGGUUGAUGUGUGGAAGUGGCUUCAAAGAUGUGAGCAAUACAGCACUUCUGGAUAUGAAACAAUGUCCAAUCUCAGUGAUCCAGCAGAAGAUCCACAGAAUACAGACAUAUCAGAGGAUACAGUGAAUCUUCAACAAAAUCAACAUUAAAUCACAUUAUCAACAGUUCAGUCAGACAGUGAUCAAUACCUGUAAAAAGUUAUAUAUUGAGAACACUUUAUUUUCUCCUUGAAUAAAUUGUACAUGUGUCAUUUAUUGACAAUUCAAAUGAUUUUAUUUCAUAUUCAUAAUGCUGGAUUUUAUUAUUAAAAUGUUAGAUUAAUUAGUUAAAUUUAAGAAAUGUGUUCUUGAAGGAAAUGUAUCCUCUAACUUUGUUAGGCCUACUAUACUUCAUAUAUUUAAUAAUAAUUUACAGUAUUAAUCAAUAUCUCACAAUAACUCAAUAUGUUAAGAAAUGUAACUGCAGUGUCUCUUUAAGGGUUACAAAUUAUAAUCAUUUAAUUAUCAAAAUAAAAUUAUCAACAGUGCACAAAAUCUAUGGGGGGGGGGGGGUAAUAAUAGUGUUCAAAACAGUGUUACUAUGAAUGCAAACUUUAAUACAGUGAAAAAGACACUAUUAGCAUAACAAAUAUAUAUAAAUAAAUACAAAUGUCCAACAUUCUUUUGAAUGUCCAUGUACUAAAAUAAAAUAUUUGAUGCCAUGAGUGUACCUUCAUUUACUAUUACUAUUAUUUUGAAUGGCCAUGGAAAAUGAAGCAAUGUGAUAAUUUUACCUGGUCGCAAAAAGUAGUCCAUUAAUUUACCUGAUGAACUUUCACCUUUUGCUGACUCUUUAU